AUGACUUCACCGCCUCACUCCGUCGAGCACUUCGACGUCGAUACCAAAGGCAUGGACGUCUCAAAGCACGAAAAUGUUGAAAUGUCGGAUGGCAUCUCAUGGACCCCCGAAGAGGAGAAGAAACUCGUUCGCAGGAUUGAUACCCAGCUCAUGCCGAUAAUGUGGCUUAUUAUCGGAAAUGCGAAGGUCGCGGGUAUGCAGACAGAUCUGAACCUCACUUCCAACCAGUACAGCAUCUGUCUUGUGGUGUUCUUUGUCACAUAUGUCGUCUUCGAAGUGCCCUCGAACAUGUUGAUUGUGAGGAUAAGCCCGUCCAUCUAUCUUCCAAUCAUCAUGACCAUUUGGGGAGCCUUGACCUGCUGCAUGGCCGCCAUCAAGGACUACAAGCACUUGGUUGUCCUCCGGAUCUUCGUCGGUGUUUUUGAAGCAGGUUUCGCACCCGCUAUGCUGUUGCUCAUGUCUUCCUGGUACAAGCGUGAGGAACAGUCCAAGCGCUUCGGUAUAUACAUCUCUGCUGCCAUCCUUUCUGGUGCUUUUGGUGGUCUCCUUGCUGGUGCCAUCACGGGUGGUCUAGAUGGAGCGGCCGGUUACGAGGGCUGGCGCUGGCUCUUCAUCAUCGAGGGAGCAGCAACCAUGUUCGUUGCGAUCGGCUCAUACUUCAUUCUCCUCGACUUCCCGGCGACCACUGCCAGCUUCUCUGAUCGCGAGAGGGCAAUUGCUGUUGCGCGACUGCAGCAGGGUGGCGUGACCGCCAGAGCCGAAGGUGCCGAGCGUAUGAGCAAGGUCCAGUCUUUCAUCCUCGCCAUCAAGGACUGGCGCACUAUCGGAUUCAUCCUCGGAUACAUGGUCAUCGUCGGCUCCUCCACACUAUCCUACUUCUAUCCUACCCUCGUCAACGGACUGGGCUACACUUCCACCGUCCAAGCGCAAUACAUGACCGUCCCCAUCUACGCCGUAGCCUUCGUCUGCACCGCCAUCACAGCAGUCUUCGCUGAUCGCGUCCCCAACCACCGCGGUCUCAUCAUCGCCUGCUGGCUCUGCUUCUCCCUCAUAACCUCCAUCCUCGUCUGCGUCGUUUACAACUUCACCGCGCGAUACGCGCUCCUCGUCCUCAUGGCCGCCGGUCUCUGGGCUUCCAACGCCAUCUCGCUCUCCUACGCUGGAGCCACCUUCGGAGACAUGGAGCCCGAGGUGCGAGGCGUCGCGCUUGCGCUUGUCAACGCGCUCGGAAACCUUGCGCAGAUCUACGGCGCGUAUCUUUUCCCUGCUGAUGAUAAGCCGAAGUACCUGAUGGGCUUUGGAGUCAUCUCGGGCAUGCUGGGCUUCGGUGUUGUCGUUUAUGUUAUCAUGCACAUCAAGACUAGGAGGAAGGAUGGCAUCACCAACUUCUUCAAAGACUAG